GCUGAAAUGUUUUGACAUUUCAAUUAAAUGGGAAAAGUUGGAGUUUGUUGUUAUCUGCUACUUUGCGUAUAAAUAAAAAAUGUGAAAUAAAUAAAUAAACUGUGUACAAUAAAAGUUUGAAAGACAGCGGGGUGUAUAACAGCAUUAGACGGGUGUAGAAUGGAAACAGAUGAUUUGACGCACAUAGCAGAAGAGUAUAGACUGGAUAACACAGAUUUUGAUAACAUAAUGGCGGAUGAAAUAUUCCAGCAUCAUAAUCUUUACAUGGAUGAUCAAGAAAUGGAUGAAAAUGAGCCCGACGAUGUCAUCAUUUUGCAUAUGGAUAUACGCGAACCAUUGCGUACAUUGCAAAAACUAGCAGAAAAGAAAAUUGGCAUGAAUUUGAAAGGAUAUAAGUUCUUUUUACAGGAUACACAAGAGUUGGAAUCACAUAAAAACCUUGUGGAUCAAUGCGUAAAAGGUGAAGGACUAGUGCAGAUUAAUGUACAAAUACAGACAUCUGAACAGCAUAUAAACAUUGUAGACGUACUAAAACCGACAGAGGCGGCUUUGGCUGCUCUAGCUGCGGAGGAAUUAAACAACAAAGAUAUUGGAAAGUCGGAAGAUUCCGAGGAAAAACCUUGUCUCAACUGGGUACUAGACAAUAAAUUCAAGAAAGAACAAAUACGUCUUAAAAUACCAGAGGAUCCUAACGAAUGGACAACUGCACAAGUGAAACAUUGGUUUCAAUGGGCUAUCAGACAGUUCGAGUUGAGUGGUGUUAGCAUGAACGAUUGGAGUAUGACCGGCAAGGAGCUUUGUUCUCUAACGCAUGAGGAAUUCCGACGAAAGCUGCCAAAAGAUCCGGGAAAUGUUUUCUGGACACAUCUGCAGUUACUCAAAGAGUGUAAAUUUGUCUCUGUUAUACACAAAGUGCCCGAUGAUCGUGGCGCCUCCGGUAGUGGAGCUAGACAAGUGACCAGUACUGGUGGCAUGCCAACGAAAGAAUUAAAAAUUAUGCGGAAAACUAGCUUAGGUACAACAAAAACCAACACUCCUGGAAGCAUGGAUGGUACACAAACACAAAGCGCACUUGCCAAUAACAGCAUCAGCGGUAGUAGCGGCAGUGGCAGUGUGGGCAAUAAUUACGGUAUCGGUUCCGGUAAUAAUGGACAAGUGCAACUAUGGCAAUUUCUGCUCGAAAUACUUACGGAUCGUGAACAUCGAAAUAUCAUACAAUGGGUAGGCACCGAAGGCGAAUUCAAACUCAUCGACCCAGAGUGUGUGGCACGCCUGUGGGGCAUUAAGAAAAAUAAACCGCUAAUGAAUUAUGAAAAACUAUCACGGGCAUUGCGUUAUUACUACGACGGUGAUAUGAUAUCGAAGGUGUCGGGUAAACGUUUCACAUACAAAUUCGAUUGUGACCUCAAACUGUUGAUCGGUUACGAUGCAGACGAACUCUCGCAAUUGGUGAAUGGCAAGACGUGUUUCGAUGAAUCAAUGUUUAUGAAACAAGAAACACUGCAAGACCAUUUGAAACAACUUGCGGACGAUGGGUGACAUGCCGGCGAGUUUAUAGUGAAAACAGAGCCUCUGGAUUGCAGAUUAGAAAUAGAGCCUUGCCACGAAUAUGAGGUAUUCGAGGAAAUCGUUGAAGAAGAGGAAAAUUAAUGAAUGAAUGAAUUGCGUUUUGAUUUCUUAUUUACUUUAUACUAUCUACUUUUUACACUGACACAAAAUAUUUUAUUUACAUUAUUGAUAUUCGAACUAUGGCGUUUUCAACAAAUACGAAAAAUAUAUAAUUUCAUCACUUUAUUUCAUAUGCAUACAUACAAAACAAACAAAAAAAAAA